UGAAGCACCCUAUAUCCCCCCCCCCCAGUGUUUCCACCCAUGUAGCAUUUGAGGUCACUCAGUCAAGAGGUCAGUCACCCACAGGGGCAGCACAAGCCUGGGCGUGGAUGAAGGUAAAGCUUCUAGAUGGAUCGGCAGCCACAGCUUCUACAAGCAGCCCCAGGUGACAGCUGCACCUUCCAGGGAGAAGACAGGGGCAGACUCCCGGGCUCCGGUGACCAUCGACCCACGGAGCACACCCACGAGCCCAGGAUCAAGGGCUCUUCCAGGCUUGUCUGCUCUGUGGCUGGGACCUAGCAGGGGAGGCCGGCAGCUGGGGUGAAGGGACCAAAGCCUUGGUGCCAACAACAUACCCCAAGCAGGAUCAGGGACAUGGAGCCCAGAGAGGAGGCCGUGGUAGCCCCAGCUAGCACUGCGGUGCCCCAGGAUCUACUGGAAGAAAUGGUUUGGUUUUUCCGUGUAGAAGAUGCAUCUCCUUGGAACUAUUCCAUGCUUGUCUUGGCAGCCUUGGUGGUAGUGAUUAGCAUGUACCUCCUGGCAAGGAACAUCCGGGCCAACAGACAAAGCAAGCUGCAGCCCCAAGAAAAAGAAACACCGGAAGGCCUACAGUUGGAAGAUUCUGGAGCCAAACCAAGCAGCAGCCUCAAAGACCUCAGAGAGACCUUGAUCUCAGGAAACCCAAACUUGGUCCAGGUGGGAACGUUCGAAGCAGAAAAGACUGAUGUCUGUCAGGCGUUCCUUCCAGAUGCAACAGAAAGUGAAAGCUAGGGAGUGCUCGGCGCAUGCGCAGCGCACCGGCUGCACGCGUGACCAAGGCCUGAGCUCAGCUAAAGGCCCUCAGGGGUGAUGGUCACCCCUAGCUGCCUGGAGCUUUCAUUGGCUGCAAUCGAAUGCAAUCGAAUGACAGUUGUGUUAUUAUUUUUUAAGUGCUUUUAUUAAAAUGCUUC